CAAAAUCAAAAGCAAUUCUUCUUUACACAGUAGCGAAAAUAAAAUUCUAAUUUUCUCGAGAAAAUGUCGGGUCGUGGAAAGGGAGGAAAAGGUUUGGGUAAAGGAGGAGCGAAGCGUCACAGGAAGGUUCUGAGAGACAACAUCCAAGGAAUCACCAAGCCUGCGAUUCGAAGGUUGGCUCGUAGAGGUGGAGUCAAGCGUAUCAGUGGUCUGAUCUAUGAAGAGACUCGUGGCGUCCUCAAGAUCUUUCUCGAGAAUGUUAUUCGUGACGCAGUUACUUACACCGAGCACGCUAGGAGGAAGACUGUGACCGCCAUGGAUGUUGUGUACGCUCUCAAGAGGCAAGGAAGGACUCUUUACGGAUUCGGCGGUUAAUCGGGGGUUUUUUUUUUGUGUGUUUGUAGAUCUGUUUCUGAAAAUUAGGUUUCAUGAACUCAAUGUGGGUAUUUUAGUAAAUGUAGCAAGAUUUGGUUUCCUUUUUUUGCUAUUUGGCUUUUGUAAUAUGUUUUCAUUUGCAAAAUUCUCAACAAUGGAAUCACAAUUUGGUGAAAAUUCGCUUGAUUACUCGUAUUAUUCGACUUUGAUUAUUACCUUGCUUUUGAAUUGUGAAUCUGACGAUUGGUCAGACAUUUAAAUCUCUUGAGCCGUCAAUCCAGUUCUUCUGUCUCUCGACUAUUGAUAACAUGGCUUGGGCUUUUUCGUUUCGUUAUUAUUGUGUUAGAACGAUAAAGUGAUCUGUACUAA